UCAAGGCUCCAGUCAAGGUUGUGGAGCUGGAGCUCAACCCUACAAUCUUGACUAGCUGACAGCGCACGUGCAAAUGCACGUGUACACCCCUCGAAUCAACCCCUCUGUUGAAGGUCGAAGACCCUGGGGAUAUCAUCUGAUAACACUGUUCCUCCCCCGCUGCUGUUAUCUUCCAUAUAUUAAUAUCUCCCACGCUAACACACCCACAUGCAGGGCUCAGUGGUUAUUUCUGUGCUCUGAGGGUGACUCUCAGGCAGAAAAUAGUCAAGAAACUCCAAGAAAAGAAAGCGCUUAGAGGCUUUCCUCUCUGGGUUAAUAGUUGUAGUCUGCAACGAUUUGGUGACAUCCUACAGUGUUAGGGAACGACAGUUAGUUAGUUUACAACCUACAGUGUAAGAGAACGACAGGAAGCAACAAUCUCAAACGACGGAGCACCCCUCAACGACAGAUGGAGAUGAAGGUAUCGUUGGCCAUCACAGUAGCCGUCUCGGUCACCUUGAUGCUGGCUAUCAUCGUCAUCACUUUCGUGGUGACGCUGAGUCCCACUGACGGUGGCAAAGACUACAAACAGUACAUUAUCAACAAUGUAAACACAAAUAAUAUUCAUGAAUUUUUGAGCUUCCUGACCAGAGAAACACACCCUGCGGGUUCGGAAAGAGAAAAGGUUCUAGCCAACGAAAUUGCGACUCGAUGGAGAGCUCACGGUCUUCAUCCGGUCAAGGUGCUGGAGUACAAGGUCCUCCUAGCUUCUCCUGACCCAGAGAAGCCCAAUAAGUUCUACAUCUUGGAUUCUGAAAACUACGAAAUCUUCGAAUCGUCAAACACCCAGCCGUCCCUUGAAGACCCUCCUCCAGCAGGACAAGACCAAAUCCUCUCCUUCAGCGCCUUCUCUGGGGUGGGCACAGCCGAGAGCAAGAGUGUGGUCUACGCCAACUACGGCUCCAGCGAUGACUUCCAGUACCUAGAGGACCAAAACAUUGUCGUUAAGGACUCCAUUGUCAUCGUCCGCUACGGCCAGGUCCUACCAGGAGACAAGGUAAUGCUUGCUGAAGCUCGCGGGGCAAAAGGAGUCAUAUUGUACAGCGAUCCCGCGGACGUAGCGCCCUUAGGAGCCAACCUUACCUUCCCUUCCACGGUGUUUGCUCCUCCGGGUGCUACUCGGCUGGACUCCCUCAGGUUCCAAGGAGAUCUCCUCACACCUGGUUACCCUGCCACAGAGGCUGCCCAUCGCAUACCCUUGGACAAAGCCGACCUGCCCAAGAUACCCGUCCAGCCGGUAGGGUACGGAGACGCCUCAAACCUCCUCAGACUUAUGAGCGGACCAGAGGCCCCUGAGGAGUGGCAGGGAGGUCUGGAUUUCCCCUACAGGCUGGGACCUGGCCUGGACAACGGGGCGAGGGUGAAGCUGGAAGUGAACAACAAGUUCACCACCAAGACUGUGCAGGAUGUGGUGGGCGUCUUGAAGGGGUCCUUGGAGCCUGACAGGUUUGUUUUGCUAGGCAACCACUACGAUGCUUGGACCUACGGGGGUGUCGACCCCUCCUCGGCGACGGCCACACUCACCGAGCUCACGAGAAUCUUUGGCCAGAUGUACAAGGACCAGUGGAGGCCGAGGAGGACCCUGGUGUUCUGCAGCUGGGCGGCCGGCCACCCUGGAGUGAUCGGCUCCACGGAGUAUGCUGAGCAGUUCAGCUCUACCCUCAGAGACCGAGCGGUGGUUUAUCUCAACGUUGAGACUGUGAUGACAGGUAACUACUCGUUCAUGGCCAAGGGAGUGCCGAUGCUCCACGACAUCAUCAUGGAGCUGGCUCCUAUGGUGCCUAACCCGGACCAAGAAGAAGUAGAAAAAGGUCAUUCAAGCCUCUACGACACCUGGCUUGACCGCUUCCCAGACAACACCACCGGCGUCGUUCGUCCCAAGGUGGAGCCCAUCGGCUCAGGCAGCGACUACCGGGCCUUCAUGUUCACUCUGGGGAUCUCCAGCAUGGAUAUGUGCUUCACGGUAGCCCCGGGAGAACAAGGUCUUCCCCUCCGGCAUACAGCCUACGAAACCUACACAUUGAACACUCGCCUCAUGGACCGUGGACUACUCUAUCAUCAAGCCUCCGCAAGACUGUGGGGCCUGCUAGCGCUGGAGUUCUCCACGCGUCCCCUCCUGCCGCUCGGGGUACUACCCUACGCUACCUUCAUCAGCGCCUCCUGGAAAGAGUUCCUUCACUCAUAUGAAACUCAGUUGACCUCACUUAACAUCACGACAGAAUAUCUGAACGAAAGUGUUGAUGCCUUGCAAGACGCUGCAGAGGAGUUUACCAACAACCUGGAUUCUGAGGACCUAAGUGACGAGCUGACCCUCCGGCGGUACAACGACGCCAUGAUGCUGUUGGAUCGUUCUCUCUUGGCUCCUCGAGGCCUUCCCGGCAGGCCAACCCUCAAUCACGUGUUCCUGGCACCAAGUUCUAUCAACGGAUACCUGUGGGACACCUUCCCUAGCCUACGAGACCUCUUGAGAGUGGCCGAGCCCGAUGUUACCCAGCUGAACGAGCAGGUCUCCGUCCUUACCCAUCACUUUCAGAUGGCCACCAGUGCCCUCACUCUCACCCUGUGGUAGACUAAAUCGAGCCCAUCACUGUCAUCAUCUUCACACUGUGGUAGACCAAACAAGAAUAUCACUGUCCUCACCCCUCACACUGCAACCUGUCCUCGGGAUACCAUAGUACUUGUGUCGCAUAGUUUAGUUUAGUUCAUUUAUUAUGCACCCCAUACCCAUCUUGUGGGAGGUAGUGGAAAGGGUUACAGAGGCACAUAAUGGGCUCAGGGACAUAAUGAUCAUAGUUCCUAUGCUGCUAAUGUUCACAGUUUCCCUGUGGUAGAUUUAUAGUUAUUACCUAUCACCAGGCACCAACCCUUCCUCGCGUACCAUAGUACCUGUCCCAUAGUACCCUUUCCAUCGCCGUAGACACCAGAAUAGUCUGUUUGAUCAAAUUUGAACGAUAAUUGUAAUUUUCCAUUCUCACUUCUGGUGUACUCACCUAGUUGUGUUUAUGGGGGUUGCGAUUUGACUGUUUGGUCCCGCCUCUCAGCUGUCAGUCAACUG